AUAUAGUGUUUUCGGUCAGUGCAGAGCAAGUGAAAUGAACCGACGGCUAGUUCCGAGAAUUGAAUAAUAAUUACGAUAGUAAUAGUGCUAGGAUGCAGAAAAGAAUGUGAAACGAUGUUGAUGUAAUCAUUAUCAGUGGUAAACAAAAGCUAUUGUUUAUAAUACUAUAAAUACUGGGAGCAAUAAACAGAUGGGUUGAGUUUUAUGAGAGAUAACAACAAGUGUGCGGUGAAGUUAUUAGUUAGCAGUGACGGUAUUGUUGUAAACGGUGUGAAGUGGAAGAAAUUGGAAGUCGCACAAGGUGAGAUCUUGGCGGGCGAUUAGUACUUAUGGUCAACGGAAUUGUGUAGUAAGGAGUGCUUUGUUCUUUUGUGUAUUUCUUCGCCAUCAGCCGGUCGAAUAGUGACGCUGAUAUUCGGAACAACCAUUGUUGUGCGGCAAAAGAACGUAUAAUAAAAAACGAAUCGGUGGACGGUGGUCCAGCAAGCGUUGGGAUCGAUCAAGCGGCAGCAGAGCGGAGCCAAUUGGACGGAAACCGGAAAGAAGCUUUGAGAAGCGGAAACAAAUUGAACCAUCUCAGUAUCUCGGUGGUGGAAGAAUCCAGAAAAUGGCGUUGAUUGGCACAAUUGACCCUUAUGUGCCCGGUACAAAGUUCAGUAAUUAUGUUGAGCUGCUAGAUUAUUUCUUUUCGUCGAAUAAUAUAACUGAGGAUCGUAAGAAGGACAUUUUUAUGAGUUGUGCUGGUUUGGCAGUUUUCGAAGAGCUCAAGUUGUUAUAUCCAGCUACUGAUCUAAAAACCUUAUCGUAUGCAGAUAUAACUAAAAAAUUAAAAGAACGGUUUGAUAAAAUUGAUUCAGAAAUCAUGUUGCGCUACAAAUUUCGAUGUAGGCGGCAAAGCCCAUCGGAAAAUGGUGAAAAUUUCAUUUUGGCGGUAAAGCUCCUGGCCGAGUUAUGUGAUUUUGGUACAUUUCGUGACUCCGCUAUCCGUGAUCAGUUAGUGUUCGGAGUUUACAAUAGGGAACUGCAAAAACGAUUGUUGAAUGAGGAAGACCUCACAGUUCGCUCAGCAGAAAGGAUUAUAAAAGGAUUUGAGAUGGCGAAUAGUAACACGCAAUAUUUCCAUUCAGAGUCAGGAGGAAACCAAGGAAUUAAUUCGGUGAAGUAUAGGCUUGGUGGCAGGCAAUCAAGAACGGAAAGGUAUGAUCGUAGUCGUAGUAGAUCUAGGGAUAGGUAUACCAGCAGAAGAGAGGAUUCUCGGACCAAUUACAACAAUUAUGAAAGACGAUCAAGAUCCGGUCAGAGGAGUUCGAGUCGGGGUAGAUAUGCAAAUUUCGUCUGCCAUUUUUGCAGAAAACGUGGCCAUAUUCAGAAAAACUGCUAUCGUUUCAUAGACAGCCAGAAAAACUCGGUGAAAUUCGUAAAGGAGGUGGACUCAACAGUACAGGAAGAAAGGAAGGCUAAUGAUGUUCAUGACUAUUUUAAGCGGCUUCGAGUAGACUAUGAUUCCGACACCGAGGAAGAAGAUCGCCAUCGGGUCAACCCUCGUCUCGGCCCACAAGGGGCAGGUGAAGAUUCAGAAUAGUCAGAGUGGACGAAGGCGUCAUUGUACGCUCCACUUCUCUGACAGCGAAGGCGGAAAUGGUGGAACACGUACUAUACCAGAGAGGGCGGAUCGAAGCGAAAUCCAUGCACGAGGAACCAAACGAACGUUCUCGGAGGCCGACGAUAGCGCAGAUGAAUUCCUCGGUUUCGAACCAGAACAACCCAUGCCCGCCAGUCGCGAACUACACCCAAUCUCAUUACAACCUUUUCAACGGCCGGUGCAACAGCUGAUUAGAAAUGAAUCUAGAACUCCACGAAGGUCAAGUAGACUGAAGAAAAAGAAACAUGAUGAUGCAUUUGUAUACAUGAACUAAAUUUUGAACUGAUAAUACAUAUUUUUGAAUUAUUAUAAUACUAAGAGUAAUAUGAUCAAAUUUAAUUUAAUUUACAUGAAAUUAACUAGAAGGGAAAGGUAUUGUUGGAUAUAGUGUUUUCGGUCAGUGCAGAGCAAGUGAAAUGAACCGACGGCUAGUUCCGAGAAUUGAAUAAUAAUUACGAUAGUAAUAGUGCUAGGAUGCAGAAAAGAAUGUGAAACGAUGUUGAUGUAAUCAUUAUCAGUGGUAAACAAAAGCUAUUGUUUAUAAUACUAUAAAUACUGGGAGCAAUAAACAGAUGGGUUGAGUUUUAUGAGAGAUAACAACAA